GAGACACAGUCGUAUUCUAUCGUACAUGCAUAACAUCAGGUUGACAUUGAACUACCGUGUGUGUUGAGUUUAAUGCUUUUUAGGAGUUAAAGUGGAUUAAAACAGGGAGAUUCACCCAUGUUGACUUCGAAGCGCCUGGCGGACGUGGGUUACCGUCUGUUCUCCGGCUCCAUGAUGCUGCUCACCGUGUACGGAGGAUACCUGUGCGCCGUGCGCGGCUAUCGCUACGUGGAGAGACAGAAGCAGCUCCAGCUGGCUGCACAGGAGCAGAACAUAGACUCUGAAAUCGUCAAGGACUGAGCUGAGCUGGUGUGCUUUGGGAGAAAGGUGUGGCCGAACGUCAGGCGGUUGUGAUGUUCAUGUCACUGUAUGGAUGAUGUACACGAUUGAUGCACUGACUGUAAAACAGUGUUUGGAACAAGAUUGUCAUGUUUGUUAUGAAUAUUAAAUGUUAUAUCAAGUACCAAUAAUUGUGCACUUGUUUUAUCUGACUUGGUUUGACCAGCACAAUGAAUUGACCAAAAAGUGCUUUUCUAAAUUCACCUCUUAUUUUCCAGAAAGCGCUGUCUGACAGUCUUAUUAAUAAAUGAGGCAUUGAUAAUUAU